AUGCCUUCCCCAAGCUCCCUGGAGGGUGCCCCUCUUGCGGACUACUUCUGGAUUGCUGGCGUGGAUGGGGCUGAGGUCCUGGACAUGUACAAGCGCCUGGGCGAAGAAUAUCGUAUCAACAAUGCGGCUUCACCUGGGCCUGCCCUCACGGAUGCAAUCCAAGAAGACGCCGACGCCGAGGAGGAAGAGCCCGCGCCCGGAGCAUCGCGUCCAACCUCGAGUUUGUCCGUCAAUACGACCCGUCGCAUUUCCCAGCAACGACUCUCCACGCUCUCGCGCGAGUCCGAGAAGACCAAUGGGGCCAACAGCAAUCGGAGCAGCACCACGAUCAAAGGCGCAUCAUCACCGGUUCGAGCUUCGGCUCUUUUCGACGGCGAUUUCGAUUUCGACCAAGCCUUGCUGAAAUUCGCUUCCGAGAGGGACACCUUUUUGACAGACCUUAAUGUGAGCGCGGGCGCUAUCACCAAGUCCCGGCCUCGAUCGCGCGUUCGCACACAGAAGAUUGUUGCGGAGGAUCAGUCGGCUCAAAGCUCACCCAAUCUGUUAAAGUCCGGCAUUGGAAGUGUGCGGCGACAUAUGUCAUUUCGUGACAUGAACUCCAUGAAGAGACAGCCAUCAGUUGCUCGCCAGGCUUCUGUCCGCACCUCGCGAAGACUCAGCAACUAUAACUCGGUCAUUCCAUCCCCACAACCCCUCGAGAUAUCCCCCACAAUGCACCCUUUGAAGCGGCGAUUCGAACCUGUUCUGCUGGACCGACAUCCAACCCGGGACAUGACAGACGAGGCGAAAAAACGGGGAAAAUUCCCCGAUUACGUCCCUAUGUUCGCAUUCCCCAAUGAUAUUAACAUUGUCUCUUCGGAUGAAAGACCUCGAUCUACAUGGCACGGAUUUGCAAUGACGACAGAGAAUGGUUCGAAACUGCAUGCUAUUUGCGUGAUCAUCUGGAUCCCAUUGAAUCCGAAAGCAGCAGAUGAACUCGAGAUGCGCUGUGAAGAAUGGCGGAAAGAGAACAUGACCGACGAAGAGCGGGAGCUCGCAGCGAGUCUGGGAGAGAGACUCGCCCUUGAAAGAGCUAAACUCUCUCAGCUGCUAGCACAGUUACCAAAUGUGGCAUCUGGCUCCGAGUCCCGUGAACAAUUGGAAGACGAGAUCAGCGCAGUCGAGGAGAAGAUCGGAUUGAUGACUGAUCUGCUACGCCCAGUACGCCACGCAGCAGCAUCAAAAAUCGAGGGUCUCACUGAUGGAGACACCGGAUUCUGGAUUCCACGGGCGUAUGGUAUACUUGGCCGAGAGAGCACAAUGACUUCCUUUUGGAAAGAGUGGCUGAAAGCUAUCGUUGUCCCUAUGACAGAAAACUCCGUUCAGAGAGUACCACACAGUUCACCGCGAAUGGGCGUAUGGCAGCCUUUGGAACGCUAUGUGAUGAACCUUUGCACUGAGGCAUUCUCUCCUGCCAAUUCCAAGACUCAGGUUGAGCUUGCAAUUCGCGAACUACGCCUUUUCGCCCGCAAAGAAGCUGCUAACGAGCUUCCUGGAUCUCGAAACACUGAUCUGUACGCCUUGUUCCGUACGCUCUCGGUUCCAAAUAUCAUUAUACUGUUCGAGUAUGCCUUGACGGAAUCUCGAAUCAUUUUCUUAUCUUCACACACUUCCAUGCUUUACUUAGCAACGAGGGCCUUGAUUGAUUUGUUGUUCCCGCUUGAAUGGGCUGGUGUGCUGAUCCCUGUCCUCCCAGCUCGUCUGAUCCAAGCCUUGGAAGCGCCAUGCCCAUAUAUAGUGGGCAUUGAACGUCGAUAUGAGAAAGUUGAGCUGCCUUCUGACGAUUUCGUGCUGGUCGACCUGGACGCCGACAUGAUCGAGAGCACCGUGCGUCCAACCCCCCUUCCUCGCCAUCAGCGCAAGAAACUUUUGUCUCUCCUGCAGCUGGCAGCGCCUCACCACAGCCGCUGCGGUGUCCCGACAGGCCCGCCAGCUUAUGCAAUCGAAACCUAUCCGUGGGACACAUUUCUCACGGAAACUCCUCAAACAUACGUGGCAAAAGCACCCCCAACGAACCUAGCAAAGUACGUUGUGCGUUUGGCUCGACUGCUGUGCUCCCGAACUCGUACAAUCCCCCCCAUCUUCAAUGCGUUCCUCCAUGCACGCCAUGAACAUGGAGCUUCGUCUCGAGGCUAUUCUUCCAAGGGCGGCCAUGAACGACCCGGAACGAGCUCCGGCUCACGAAUGACUGCUUCGCCGCCGUCUCCAAGAGAGAGCUCUCCCACAUCCGGUCAUUUCCCUCCCCCUCCUCCCACUCUUUCAUCACGAAACGACUCCGGCAUGGCGUUACAAGCCUCUCUGCGCGAGAAGCGAUCGGGCCAUUUUGACACCGCUUCCCGCCGAAGCUCCUCAUUGGGAAUGAACCGACGUCCGAGCGCACCGUUCCUGGGACACGCCUCCAACUUGUCAGUCACUACUCUGAACACAGACCACGGCUCAGGCUCCACUUACGCCCCAUCCGUGUAUGCCCAGUCUACGAUCGCUGCCUCAACUAUCGUUCCACAGGCUGUCUUGUUCCCGGUGGACAACGCCGAAGGCACUUGCUGGGUUGAAGGCCACUACCUCAAGACCCAAUCGUGGGACGAGAAACUAGUGUGCGCCAUUUGUGACGAGCGAGCUGAUGAGGGCAUGUACAAAUGCCAAGCAUGUAAAUUGACUGUCCACAACCGCUGUGCCACCCAAGUCUGUCUCGUCUGUGAUGCUGCUUUCCACCCCGAUCAGAUCCGUGCGGCAUUUGUGAGAUGCUUCGCCAGCUUGUUCUACACUUAUAAGAAAUACCUUGUCCCCGCCAGCAACGAUAAGAAGAAGGCCGGCAUGUUCUACACUUUCAACAUGGAUGCUUUCAUGAGGAGCCUCCCACACGAACAUGCCGAGUACAUUGCUGUGUUGCAGCAGACUCAAGGGUUCAACGAGUUCAUCAGCGAACGUGAACGCGCUAACCCCAAGGAAAAAGAUUCGAAAAUGGCUCUCUUCGACGAGAUCGUUCUUUCCAAACGAAACCGGGGCCGAACCUCGAUCUUCUCCGGCCGGUCCACAACUGAUUUCCUCUCCGAUACUUCCAGCCACCUCUGGCGAACUGCAAGUGCGACUUUCCUACCCUCCAGCAGCCGCAGUCAUCAGAACCUGUCGCAGGAUUUCAGUGGACUCCAUUCCAAAGCCCCGGCCAAGUUGGAUACCAGCCUGAUGUCUGAACCGCGUAUGAUCCAUGGAGCCCCACGAGCGACGAAGACAGGAAACACAGCACGCAGAAAGCCGCUUCCUAAGCUUAUGAAUGGACUGGCCAUUUCACCAUCGAGCUAA